AUGUCAUCGCCACUUAAAGGAAAAUUAUUAUCUAACGAUAAAUCAACAGAUGAAGGGUUUCAUAAGUACAAAACAGAUGAUAAAGAGUUAAUCAAACCAAUUGUUGAAAAAACAUCGACUUCUAUGCAAAAAGAAGAAACUACAGUCGCAACACGUUUAGAAAUUAUUCGGAAAUUAGAAGAAGGUGUCACAAUUGGUAAACUUGCUGCUCAGUAUGGUCUUCACAAAAGGACCAUAGAACGAUAUAGAAGGAAUAUCUCAUCACUUCGAAAAAUUUCAAAAAAUCCAAGACGUUUGGUUAUGAAAAGAACUCGUGCAUCUUUACACGAAGAUACAAAUGUUCGAUUACUUGAAUGGAUUUUAGAACGACAGAUGAAAGGAGAUAUCCUUCGCGAUAGCAUGCUGCAAAGCAAAGCGAUGGAAUUGCAUGAACAAUUCGGAUGUUCGACACCUUUUACGGCUAGUCGAGGUUGGCUGUGGCGUUUUAAAAAAAGAUACAAUUUAAGCGGUUUCGGUUGUCAAGGAAAAGCAGAUGAGAUAGCACAAUUGACAACAGAAACAUUAACAAAAAUAUUAAAUGAGGAAAAUAUCAAUAGAGAAAAUAUAUAUAAUAUAUAUGAAACAACCUUAAUGUGGAGAAUUCUCCCACAAGCAGUCUCGUCGAAUGAAGAAGAAUCGUCGCAAAAUGAAAAAAUAAAAAAAGAUCACAUCAUAAUAGCAUUUUGUGUCAAUGCUACGGGAACGCACAAAUUACCGCCAUUGUUUGUUACUAAAUAUGUGAUUCCACAAUCUUUAAAGCAUAGUAGACAUAUGUUACCUAUAGUAUAUAGAAGUCAAAAUAGUAGUUUUAUUGAUGAAAUAAUUUUCACUGAUUGGUAUUCCAAUCAUUUUAAACCCAAUGUAAAGCAGCGUCAACAGCAGGAACAUUGUAUAGGGAAAGUGUUGUUAUUCGUUGAAAAUUUUAAAUGUGAUAUAUCUCUUAAGAAAGAACACCAAGAUUCUUAUUUCAAAAUAAUAAUUUUUCCAUCUAAUACACCUUCGACCAUUCAAAUAAUGGAUGAGGGUAUAAUUGCAAAUUUUAAAAAAUUAUUUCGGGAGAAAUUGCAUUAUCGUCAAAUACGUCAACAUGAUAAUGAAGUAAAGAAGUUCUAUACCAAUUACGAUAUAAAAGAAUGCAUUGAUUUAAUUAGUGAAACAUGGGACGAAAUAACAGUGACCGACAUUGUACAUUCUUGGAGGAGACUUUUAGGUAAGCAAAAUACUCAGAUUAUUAUCAAAGAAGAAGUCGAAUACCUCGAAGAAACCCAAGACUUCGAAGAAAAUGUUGUUUCUGACAAAAUAUUGGAGUCAGUUGUAAAAUGCGAGGAAGAAGAAUCGACUAUUACAACAAAGGAAGAAAUCGAUCGCAUGUUCCAUAGUUUGGAAAUUUGGGCUGAAACACAGCCUGAUUUCAUUAAAUCGCAUGCAGAAGUUUUAAUACAUUACCAUAAUCAACAAUAA